AUGUUCAACAAAAUUCACGAUUUUGACGGCCACCGCCACGCGAGAGUUGAAUCAGGCACUAGGACAACCGACAACGACAUGUCGCGCCUCAUCUUCCUAAACCUUCCUCCCGGGCUGUCGCCGGAGAGCUUCAGCGCCAAGCUCGCCGAGCCCAAGACGCUCAAGGGUGCGACGGUGACGGAUACCAAACUUGUACCGAAGCGUCGAUUUGCGUUCGUCGGUUACGCCACUGAGGAAGAAGCGACUGCGGCCAAGGAAUGGUUCGACGGUAGCUUCGCGUUCGGCGGCGGCAAGGUCAAGGUCGACUUUGUGCGUGACGAGCCGCUCGCCCCGAAGCCCGAGAAGCCAGCCAAACGGGCACGCCUCGACCAGGGCAAGGAGGAGGCGCCGAAGGAGGACAAAAAGGAGAAGAAGGAGAAGAAGGGACUGAAGGAGUUCAUGGAAGUCAUGAAGGGCGUCGAUGUGACUAAGCCCGUCGAGCCUGUGCCCGGCGAGGCUGGGUGGGUCGCAGGCGCCCAGGACAAGAAGGAGGAGGCUGAACAAGAGGAGAUGGAGCAGGAGUCGGUCGACGACGACGACGACGAUGCGGCAUGGCUCGCUAAGCGCCAAAAUCGCCUGGACGGCGACGAGGAGGUGGGCGCUGGGCCAUCAGAGCCCCAGCUUGAUGCUGAGGACGCGCUCAUCAUGUCCACGGGACGGCUGUUCGUGCGCAACCUCGCGUUCGUCACGACGGCUGACGACUUGCGCGAAGAGUUCGGCAAGUUCGGCCCCGUCGUCGACGUGCACCUUCCCGUCUCGCAGAAGACGGGAGAGCCGCUCGGUACUGCGUUCGUGCUCUUCCGUGAGCCCGUUGACGCGCUCACGGCGCGGCGAAGGCUCGACAAGAUGACGUUCAAGGGUCGCUUGUUGCACGUGCUCCCCGGACGCGCGCGACCUGGUCAGGAAACAGUAGCUGCCGCUGGCAAGGGUACGACAGAUGGCAAGGUGCUCGGCAAGGCGGCCGAGGCACGCGGCGACGUCAAGGCCCGACAGGACGACAAGCGCACGGAGGCAACUGCCAAGGGCCUCAACUGGGCGACGCUGUAUAUGAACAGCGACGCUGUGGCGGCAUCGGUGGCCGACCGUAUGGGCGUCAGCAAGGCGGACCUGCUGAGCGGGGCCGAUGAUGACAUCUCCCCCGCCGUCAAGCUCGCCCUCGCCGAGACGCACGUCAUCGCCGAGACCAAGGCGUACUUUGAUAAGGAGGGGAUUGUGCUCGACAGCCUGCAACCGCGAGUGCCGCGUUCCAAGACGGUCAUUCUCGUGAAGAACAUUCCUUACGGCACGAGCAUUACCGCGCUACAGGACCUCUUCGCAUCUCACGGCGAGCUCAAGCGCGUCCUCCUCCCGCCGGCUGGGACUAUCGGUGUCGUCGAAUUCGAGAAUGCGAUGGACGCGGGGCGCGCCUUCCGCGCCCUCGCAUACCGUCGUCUCGGCAACGCUGUGCUGUACCUCGAGAAGGGACCCGAGGGGAUGUUCAAGGACCCCAGUGCCAAGAACACGCCAGCGUCCAAGGAAGCGGCGGAGCGGGCAGCCCUCGCUGAGAAGGUCGCUGCCGCAGCGGAGGAAUUGCGAGACGAGCCUGCACCCGAGGACGAGGCGGGGUCCACGCUCUUCCUCAAGAACCUGGCGUGGGCGACGACGAGUGCCCGCCUCUCGUCCGUCCUCUCCACUCUCCCCGGGUUCAGCUUUGCGCGCGUGCAGACCAAGCCGGACCCGAAGCGGCCGGGCGAGCGCCUGUCGAUGGGCUACGGCUUUGUGGGGUUCAAGACAAAGAAGGAGGCUCAGCAGGCCCUCGCGGGCCUACACGGUUUCGAGGUGGACGGGCAUACCUUGGAAGCCAAGUUUGCCCAGCGUGGCGUCGAAGAGAAGGAAGACAAGAAGGUCGAGAUGGGCGGUACGAAGAGCACCAAGCUUCUUGUCAAGAACUUGCCCUUCGAGGCCGGGAAAAAGGACGUACGUGCCCUCUUCAGCGCAUAUGGGACACUCAAGAGCCUGCGCGUUCCCAAGAAGAGCACGCUUUCGGCCACUGGAGCGGCGAGUUCGCGUGGUUUCGCAUUCCUCGAGUUUACGACGCAUGCCGAAGCCCAGCGGGCCAUGGACGCGCUCAAGCACACCCACUUGCUUGGACGUCACCUUGUGUGCGAGUGGGCGCGGGAGGGCGAUGGAGUGGAUGUUGAGGCCCUUCGUGAGAAGGUGUCCCGCGACGCUAGGGGCGAUGUCGUGCGCAAGCGCAAGUUCGAUCAUGGUGGCAAGGUGGAGGAGGACGACGGGCUCGAAGUCUAG